AUGAGUGGUAUCAGUGAUGCUGAUUAUGCGCAUGCUCAGAAGGUAUGGAAAGACAUAAAAGUUGAAAAUAUGGGUGUUUAUCAUGAUAUCUACCUCAAGACAGACGUUCUAUUGCUUGCUGAUGUUUUUGAGACUUUUGGGGAAACAUGCUUGACAAACUAUAAACUGGAUCCUUCACAUUUUUACACAGCUCCGGGAUUAGCUUGGCAGGCCUGUUUGAAAAAGACAGAGGUUGAGCUAGACUUGUUGUCCGAUAUGGAUAUGUUCCUGUUUAUGGAGCGGGGUAUUAGGGGCGGUCUCUGUCAGGCUGUUUAUAGACACGCCAAAGCUAAUAACAAAUAUAUGGGCGCUAGAUAUAAGGUGGAUGAAGAGGACAGCUAUCUCCAGUAUCUUGAUGCAAACAAUCUGUAUGGAUGGGCUAUGAUUCAAAAAUUACCAACAGGAAUGUUCAAGUGGGUUGAUGCUAGUAAAUUUACCGCUAAACUCAUUUCAAAGUUGGCUGCGGAAAAUGGUGAAGAGGGUUACUUCCUUGAGGUUGAUGUGAUAUAUCCAAAAGAUCUACAUGAUACUCAUAACGAUCUUCCUUUCAUGCCCGAGAGGAAGGAGAUUAAUGGCGUCGAAAAGCUGACACCGUGUCUUUCAGACAGGAAGAACUAUGUCAUUCAUAUCCGUGCGCUUGAUCAAGCGUUGAAGCAUGGUCUUGUUCCUGAGAAGGUUCAUAGAGUGCUUAGAUUUAAGCAAAGAGCAUGGUUAAAGUCGUACAUAGAUUUUAACACUGAUUUGCGUAUCAAAUCAACAAAUGAGGUCGAAAAGGACUUUUUCAAGCUGAUGAACAAUUCAGUCUUUGGUAAAACUAUGGAGAAUCAACGUAGGCACAAAGACAUACGCUUGGCUACCAAGAAAGAACAAUAUGAGAAGCUGGUGAUGAAGCCCAACUUCAAGGGUGCUAUCUGUUUCUCAGAAACACUGAUGGGUGUUGAAAUGCAGAAAAUCAAAGUCGUAUUGAACAAGCCAAUCUACCUAGGACCAGCGAUCCUCCAUCUAUCGAAGUUGGUUAUGUAUGAGUUUCACUAUGAUUACAUGAGACCAAAAUAUGAUAUCGCUGGUGAUGCAGCAUUGAGAUUUGACACUUCAGGGUACGAUAAGAGAGAUGGCAGACCUCUACCAUUAGGUUUGAAUAAAAAGAUCAUUGGUCUGAUGAAGGAUGAGUUAGGUGGCAAGGUAAUGACGGAGUUUGUCGCUCUAAGACCGAAGAAUUAUGCGUAUAAACAGCUAGACGAAAAGAAGACAAGAAGUGCAAGGGAGUCAAGAAAUGAUGACAAAAUAAUCAUCGUUGAUGGUAUUUCUACAUACGCUAGGGGCCAUUAUAGACACAUAGAGGAAUAG